UAAAUUGUUUUUGUUUGUUUUUUCAAAAAUGGCAACGUUUACUUUUACACGGAUUGUAAUUUUGAUAUUUUUGGCCUAUGUCUGUAAUGCCAUUUAUGUAAUUUAUCACUUGUUUACUACACCAAAGUGCAACUCAAAAUGCAUUACCCCUGCAUUUAACACAUCUGAAUUUGGAAAGUUAAAGAUUUCCUUAUAUGUGAGUCGCUCAAAUGAUGGGAAAACCUCAGAUAUGAAAUUAGCUUGGGACUCUGGAACUACUUCAGUAACAAGUUCAUUUGAUGAGUCUAUAAAUAUUACAUUGCCUGCUUCAACAAGGCGUAAUGGAUCAAUGUUUGGUUAUGUUUUUGUUCAUCCUAUGGAUGUCUCUCCAUUUUCUAUGCUUUACAAAAAAUCCACUUUUCAGAUGCAUGAAUUAACACAAUAUGCUAUUCCUAAACAUAAGAGUUUCAAUUUGAUAGGGGGUAGCAAAGAAAAUACAAGUGAUAUACCAAUUGUACACAUGCACUCAAAAUUAUCUAUUUAUUUGGCAAUCUAUGAUGAACCCUUAGGACGUUAUUCUAUCCCAGGGGAUAUCCACCAGUUAAUUAAAGUAAACAACGAUGGCGUAUACAUGCCAAUUUUAUAUAUAGAUAAACUAACUACUAUGAGCAGAAAUUUACUUCCUAUUGAAAAAGAUACCAGAAAACUUCCCAUGCAACUUUCUUUUAAACCAGUCUCACUAGGAAGACUAAGGAUAUGGUCAUCUGUUGAACAGACUUUAGGGAAAAUGAAGGAUUAUGGCUUCACAGAAAACGAUUUAGAUGACAUUAAAGGAAUAUUCACAGAUACCAACUUGUACUUUUUAGCAAUGACCUUUACUGUUGCGCUGUUUCACACAUUGUUUGAUGUGCUGGCGUUCAAAAAUGAUGUAAGCUUUUGGAGAAACAAAUCAUCAAUGGAAGGAAUGUCGAUAAGAUCUGUUGUUUGGAGAUGUGUUUCAACAACCAUUAUAUUUUUGUAUUUACUUGAUGAAAAAACAAGCCUUUUGGUGCUGGUUCCUGCUGGUGUUGGAACUGUUAUAGAAUUUUGGAAAGUUACCAAAGCAUUAAAAAUAAAAAUAGAAUGGAAGACUACAUUUCCAAAUGUUCAGUUUGGAACAAAAUCUAAGUCUGAAUUAGAAACAAACGAAAUAGAUGAACAGGCGAUGAGAUACUUAUCAUAUGCUCUUUACCCACUACUAAUAGCUGGAGCAAUAUAUUCUUUGAUAUAUCAACCACAUAAAAGCUGGUACUCUUGGCUGGUAAGAAGCUUGGUUAAUGGUGUGUAUGCAUUUGGCUUCUUGUUUAUGUUACCUCAGUUGUUCCUUAAUUACAAGCUAAAAUCUGUUGCUCAUCUUCCUUGGAGAGCCUUUAUGUAUAAGGCUUUCAAUACCUUUAUUGAUGAUAUAUUUGCUUUCAUCAUUGUUAUGCCUACAGCUCAUCGAUUGGCUUGCUUUCGUGAUGAUGCAGUUUUUCUUGUUUAUCUUUAUCAAAAAUGGCUUUAUCCUGUUGAUAAAAGUCGAACCAACGAGUUUGGAAUGGUGUUUGAUGAUAGUGCGAAAAAGGAUAUAUCAGAAAAUGAGACAGAUAAUGAGAAAAAAAACAAAUAGCUUUAUUAACAAUAUAAAACAUAUUCAAUCAUA